GCUUGCUGCUCCUGACGGCUACGUAGCCGUCACGUAGCCGACAGUAGACACAGUUGUAGACACAGACAAAUGUUGUUUUACCGCCGUACUUGACGAGCAGUCUGCAGUUGGUGGGGAAUUCGCCGCAGUUUCGUCAGGGCGAAAAUUGUGACGGGUGCUGCAUGUGCCAGUGCAGGGAUCUGUGUCAGCGGUCCACCCAACGGAAUUGAAGCGACACAUCGACGUUGUGGCCCACUUUGCAGAAAUGACACUUUUCGGGGAACCACGUAGAGGGGGGGCGUUGCCCCGUCUUGACUUUAAAAGCGGCCCUCGACGCCAGGGUUGAGGUCAUUGCUGCUAUCACCGAAUCCGUCAUGAGGCUCUUGGUGCUCUUCGCUGUGGCGGUGUGCGUGCUGAGCACUUGCUCGGAUGGUUUUUUGCUCAAGAAAAGACUCAAGAAGCAGAAGAAAGGCAAAGGUGGAGGAUGGUCCAGUGGCUUCGUGCUCGCCCCACUUCCUCCAGUGCACGCCGCCCCCGCACACUUUGGCCCUGGACAUUUUGAUCUACACGAAGCGCACUUGCACCACGGAUUCGCUGACCCCGGACACUACUCGACGUUGCACGUCGACGUCCCCGCAGCUCCUCCACCUCCACCCCCACCGCCGGCAGCACCAUCCAUUCACGGUUACAUCCAACAGAGCCCUCAGGGAAAAUACGUCAUUUACUGCCCCUACGAAGUGUAUGGUAUGGAGCCAGUCAAGGGGAAUAUUCAGCCACGGUGGUGAGGCGUACCACAGGUCCGCAGUUCAUGAAGGCUACUGUAAAAUACAAGUGACAAGAGAAAAUGGAGGAGAG